AUGAUGUUCAGUUAUCUUCAGAGCACCAUUCUAAUCAUUCUCGCAGUCGUUGCUUGCAUUAGAGCCGAGCAAAGAUUCGCAGAAACUCCGGCACUGUAUCAGGAAGUCUCUUCUGGUGAUGACGUGCAAUUACGAUGCAGGGUGCAGGACAAACGGGGUCAGUGCAUCUGGCAGAAAGACCGGAAACCAGUGGGCAUGCAUCCUGAUAAAUACGAGUGGGCUAGCGGACGCGGUAGCGAUUGCACCCUCCUUAUCAGAAGAGCCUCCCUCGACUUCGAUGACGGCUACUGGGAGUGUCAAGUCACUUCUGGCGAUUUCACGCGACAAGAUGCCCUAACAUCGUUACCAUCUCGUCUUCUAGUUAGGGUGAAACCCCGGAAGCCACGGUUGGAAUACGGGGGGACGAUUUUAAACUCCGGCCUGACUUUAAGGGAGGGUCAGGAAGUCACCAUUUCCUGCGUAUCCAGAUAUGGGAACCCCCCAGCCCUCAUCAAAUGGUACAUAGGAGGAAACGAAGUGGAGCCUCUGAGAGAUCAGACAAACGCGACAGAAGUGGAUAGUCCAAAAACUUGGGCAGCCCACAGUCUCCUCCGUGUUCGUGGACAAAGGGAGAACCAUGGUCUACCGAUUCGGUGUAUCUCGAUACAUCCAUCCAGUUUAGAUCCAACUUCUGCGGAAACACGACUGGAUGUGCAUUACUCGCCAGAGGUGAGACUAGAGACGAAGCCCCGGCUGUUGAUCUCAGCCCUCGAGGAUUCGGCCAGCUUUAUGAGCCUGAAAUGCUUCGCGGACGGCAAUCCCAGCGGAACGAUCAAGUGGUUCAAGGAUUCAGCUCCCAUCGUGGUAACGAGCAGCGUGGUAUCGCUGAUGCUAAACAGAACGCAGCAGAACGGCACGAGCACCGGCUCAGAGCUGAGAUUCGAACCGGUGAAGAGAAACGACGCUGGUCUCUAUUCUUGCAAGGCGGUCAACGUUAUCGGUGAAAGCACCGCGGCUAACUACAGACUGGACGUACAAUAUGGUCCCAGGUUAAAACAAGAAGACACUAGGAAUAACGACACAGCACAAAAGUUUGAAGAGACCACGCUGCUUGGAACAAGUUUAGAGCCCUUCGAGUGCGUUGAUUUCGAGGCAAAUCCACCAGCACAGUACAGGUGGGUGCAUCUUCGAGGUGGAGUGACGGAGACCAUGGAGAAUUCGCUUCAGACCAAAGACGGUGGUAAACGACUGAGUUUGGAGAACGUGAUGUGGUCCGACGAAGGAGAAUAUCGAUGCAUAGCGUUCAACGUGAUCAACGGAGUGCGAAGAGAGAUGCCUAGCGAGGCUCGUUACGUGCUUCACGUAACCGGACCGCCUGAGAUCCAGGCGAGGCCUUCUUCCGGCGGAAGAGGCAUCUACGAGUCUCUGGGAUGGGCUGGAGAACCGGAACACGCGUUAAAGUCUCGCUUCUGUUCGAGACCGCCACCUAAACUCGUUGCUUGGCAAUGGGGGAGCUCGCAUAUAAGAGCUGGCGAGAGUAUUCACCCAAAAUAUGAAGCACUAUCACUGGAACACAUCAAGGAAAACGAGAUGCUAACCAAUUGCUACUGGGCCAAGCUAGUAAUCAAGGACUUGCAAAAAGAAGAUGCUAGAAUAUACACUUUAUUGGUAGAAAGUGAGAAGGGUAGAGAUUCCACUAAUAUAAAAUUAAUUAUUCGUGACCCAACGGAGAUGAGAGUCAUUGCAGCAGCUGCUAUAGUAGGGUUAUUGUUCCUUCUUCUUUUAAUAUCUAUUGCUGUGUAUUCGGUAUUGAGGUUAAAGAGCAGACGGUAUCGUCGAGAAGAAGAGGAAGGUAGCAUCGCUGCAGACGCUUUUUAUAGUAAUACAGGAACAGCAGAUAGACAGAAGAACAUGAACUCGUCCCAGAAUAAAGGGUACACGAGGAAGACGAGUUCAGAAGGUGGACUGGCUGUCACGUAUGAUUAUGACCAGAUCACGAAACAGGUGCGCGCCAUGAGUCCAGAAGCGUUGAAAGUCAGACGUGCGCCAGCUGUUCUACAACCACCGACCAUUGUGUAA